AGACAGAUCAGAGCUAGGAUUAUUCGCAUUUGGAGAUGGAAAUUACUACGAUCGGAGUGUGGUUGGGUUUGCUAUUAGGAGGUUUGCCACUCUUAGGGUUGCUUCUGUGGUGGUGGAAUGAGCUUUGGUAUGUCUUUUCUUUUAACGCCCGGUGCUCCUUGAGUACUUCUUCUGCGACCAAGCUCCCACCAGGACACAUGGGCUUUCCCUUUUUGGGAGAAAUGCUCACAUUCCUCUGGUACUUCAAAAUUCUUCGUCGUCCAGAUGAUUUCAUCAAUUCUAAGCGUCGCAAGUAUGGUGAUGGAGUAGGAAUGUACAGAACCCACCUAUUCGGAUCACCGACAAUCAUAGCAUGCUUCCCAGCGGUGAACAAGUUUAUAUUCCAAUCAGAGGAUACCUUUCUCCUGAAAUGGCCUACCGUGGAUAUCCUUGGCCCUACUUCUCUAGUAGCAGUUCAUGGAAAGUCUCAUGCCAGACUUAGAAGCUAUGUAUCAAACGCUAUUAACCGGCCGGAUGCUCUCCGCCGCAUAGCUCUUCAGGUCCAACCCCUCAUGGCGGCUGCGCUCCAGUCGUGGGCACAAAAGGGCAAAGUCAAAGUAUAUGACGAAAUCAAGAAGCUGACCUUCGAAAAUAUUGGAAGAUUAUUUGUAAGCUUCGAGCCGGGGCCUCAGUUAGACAACAUGGACAAGUUGUUUAAGGGGUUGGUUCAUGGUGUUAGGGCGUAUCCAAUUAACUUUCAUGGAACUACUUAUCACCAUGCCCUUCAGUGCAGGAAGAAGCUUGAUGCACUUUUUUGGGUCGAGUUAGAGAAGAAAAGGAAGAACCAAAAUGGUGUAGAUCAAACGAAUGAUCUAAUGGAUGGGCUGAUGCAGAUUAAAGAUGAAGAGGGCAAUAAAUUGAGUUCUCAGGAGGUGAUAGACAACAUCGUUAGUCUUGUUGCUGCUGGAUAUGAAUCUACUAGCCUUGCAUCAAUGUGGGCUGUAUUUUAUCUUGCCAAAUUCCCUAAUGCCCUCCAAAAGUUACGGAAGGAAAACAUGGCCAUAAGCAAGAAGAGGAAAGGCGAUUUCAUCACAAGUGAAGAUGUCUCAGAAAUGAAGUACGCAAACAAGGUGGUGGAAGAGACAAUAAGAAUGGCCAACAUUGCACCAUUCAUUUUCAGAUCUGCCACCAAAGAAACAGAGUAUAAAGGUUACAAAAUACCAAAGGACUGGAAAGUGAUUCUGUGGGUUCGAUACCUCCACACAAAUUCUGAAAACUUUGAAGAUCCUCUGUGCUUUAAUCCAGAUAGAUGGAAUAAACCAGUGAGGUCUGGAACAUACCAAGUUUUUGGAGGAGGACCGAGAAUCUGUGCAGGAAACAUGCUGGCUAGCAUACAACUUGCACUUUUCCUUCAUCAUUUAUCUAUAGGUUAUAAGUGGGAAUUGCUCAACCCCAAUGCAAAGAUGGCUUAUCUUCCACAUCCAAAGCCAAUUCAUGGUGUUGAGGUUACCCUCAGCAAAUUUUAGGAUCAAACCAUCCUGAGUUCCUAUAUAUAUAUAUAUGAUCAUCAUGAUGAUCCUGCAGAUCAUGCAAUUGAUCCUUAAUGAACUUGGGAACAAUGCAUACAUGUCUGCUUUGUAGUACUGAUUCGCUCAUGGCUGGUCGAGUUUGUACGUAAUAAUUUUCAUUUCCUCCUCGUAAUUCUCAGCUUUCAUGAUAUCUAUGAUAAUUAUUGCC